AUCUCAUCCUCUGUUUCAAGAUUACAAAACCUCUUAGAGAGCAUUCACUUUCAAGAAGAAAAAAACAAGCAGACAAGAAAAUGGGAUGUUUCGGACCAUCAAAGGCUUCAAGAACAAGAAACAAUGAACAUGACAAGAUAACACGACAAAACCCCUCUCAUCAACCUCAAACCAUGAGAGCUGAAGAAGUUCUGUUGCAGAUUCCUAGAUGUAGAGUCCAUCUCAUAGGCGAAUCCGAGGCGGUGGAGCUUGCCUCUGGUGAUUUCAAGCUCGUUAAGGUCUCAGACAACGGUGUAACUCUAGCUAUGAUCGUGAGAAUCGGACAUGACCUUCAGUGGCCAGUGAUUAGAGAUGAGCCAGUGGUAAAACUUGACGCCCGUGAUUACCUCUUCACUCUCCCGGUUAAAGACGGUGAUCCACUUAGCUACGGGGUCACUUUCUCUGGCGAUGACAGAGACGUAGCCCUCGUGAACAGUCUGAAGUUGCUUGACCAAUUCUUGAGUGAGAAUUCUUGUUUCUCGUCUACGGCUUCGAGUAAGGUUAACAAUGGAAUCGACUGGCAAGAGUUUGCGCCGAGGAUUGAAGAUUACAACAACGUUGUUGCUAAGGCUAUUGCUGGAGGAACAGGACAUAUCAUUAGAGGAAUCUUUAGUCUCAGUAAUGCUUACUCUAACCAGGUUCACAAGGGAGGCGACAUAAUGAUUACAAAGGCUGAGGAGAGCCAGAGAAAUGGAAGUUACAACAAUGGAAACUCCAGUGGUAAUGAGAAGAAAAAUGGGAUCAACACACACCUUCAACGGUACUCACUCAAUAGUUUUAUAACAUUGUAUAUUUUUUGUUACGUAAGAAAUUUUCACAAUGGAAGUAUAUACACUCAAAUGUAAACGCAAACAAAGAACAAAGACAUAAAUUGUGGUUUUUGAUUCGUUUAAUAUCUUGGCUGCUGUGUUGGAUGGAUGUAACAUGUAUAUAGAGUGAGGAAGCUGUCAAAGGCGACUGAGAAUCUGAGCAAGACGAUGUUGAAUGGUGCGGGAGUUGUGAGCGGCUCUGUGAUGGUCCCUAUGAUGAAGUCGAAACCAGGGAUGGCCUUCUUUUCGAUGGUUCCAGGGGAGGUCCUCUUAGCUUCACUUGAUGCCCUUAAUAAAAUACUAGAUGCAACUGAAGCUGCAGAGAGACAAACUCUAUCUGCAACAUCCAGGGCUGCUACCAGAAUGGUCAGUGAGAGGUUUGGAGAUAACGCAGGGGAGGCCACCGGAGAUGUUCUAGCAACAGCGGGCCACGCAGCUGGAACUGCCUGGAAUGUUCUCAAGAUCCGUAAGACUUUCUAUCCUUCAUCUUCUCUUACAUCAGGAAUCGUCAAAAAUGCUCCAAGAAAGUGAUAUAUAGUGGGUUAUAGUUUCAGUUACGUUUAUCAAUGUAUGAUCGAUGGAAACCCCCAAAAACAAGCUCAGUUUUUAUAUUUAGAUUCUCUACAUAAUGUGGACUCAUCAGCUAUAGUUUGUAAUGUAUCAAUGAGCUACUCAAAAUGUCAUAAGCUCUACAAAGUAUGUUAAGUUUUAUGACAAUGACUGUAUUGAUUAUGUCUUCUCGAGAUGAUGACAAUAUUUAUUUAACCUUUGUUCAAAUA